CCGCCCCAGGUAGACCAUAUCUAAAACUCCACAUCCUCUUCUUAUUUCCUAAUUCUUAUCAGCGACUCAUCCCAAAAGCAUAACCUUUCCAACAGUCUCGAACUAAUAAAAUCCCCUUUUAUCACUCUUCAUUUUUUUCUUAUUAAAAAAAUCAUAAAAAUCUACCAAGAUGUUAAUUGGUCUAGUACGUGACUCUGUUUUGCAAUGCUUUUGCCAUAGUUGCAAAGUACCAAUGUGUCUCGUGGCGGGACAAAGAAGGGGUUCAGCACCAAUGAAGAAAAUGAACGGAAAGACGAAGCCCCGAACUAAACAACCCAAAAAAGUUAAAUUCAUCACUACCGAAAUUCGAUGCCAGGAGAAGUCAAAGGGAGGAUUGAGAUACGAGGUGAUUUUAGCUGAGCCAACGGUUGCUAAGAGAGCACCUUCACCACCUCAAGCAUCACCAACUCAGGAGAUAAAUAUCCAGGAAAAAUUAAAGGCUGCCGAAGAGAGACGACUCUCACUAGAGGCUAAUAAACUUGCAGUUUUGGCAACUCGCCUGAGUAAAAUCGAAGAAGCUGCUCGUAAGAAGGAUGAGUUAAGUGCAGCUUUCAUGGCUGCGACACGCGAAUCAUUGGACGCUAAAAUGCAUCACACUGUUGAAAAUCGAGAAACUCUCAUCACUGAACUCAAGAGUAAAUUAAAGGAUCAUUUGGAGAGCGUUGAAAAGACUCGUUUGACUUUGGAUCAACAAACUGAAGAAAUUCGUAGCUCACUUGAAGAGAAAUUAAAAUCUGCUACCACUCAGCGAGAUGAAAAUUUGAAGAAGAUGGUUGACCGUUUAAAAGAUCACGAAGAACAAGUAGCUCGCGUGCGCAAAAGUAUGAAUGAAAAAGUUUUGCAAUUGGAUAGUCAAAUUCAAGGAAAAUUGGACCAAGCUCGUGAACGACGAGAAAAUCGUGAACGCGAAACUAAAGAAAGACUUCGUAUUCAUGAGGAACGUGCUAAACUAGUUAGACAAAAUAAAGCGGCUAUACAGGAAAAUAAAAAGGCAGACAAUGAAGUAAUGAAGAAUGAGAUUGCUAGUUCUGGUUAAAAACUCUCCUAGCGAUUUUGCACAUAAUUUUAAGUUAUCAUUCCAAGUAAAAUGCAGAUAAUGAUAGAAACUUUUUUUUUUUGGUUUUCUUCACCGCCUUAGCGUUUCCAAAGGAAACAAAAAGAGAGUAAAGAGAAUAAUUUAGCCAAAACUCUUUCAACACAUUGUUCUGAAAAAUUACUAAACAUUAAUUUAUAAAUUAAACGAAAAGAUGUCAACAAAGCAUAUAAAAAAAAAAUAAUUCCCGACAAUCGGGUGAAAACACUUUUCGUAAAAGUUGCCUUAAACUUAUUUUAUAAUAUGACACAAGUAGCAAAAGAGUUUAACUUCUAUUUUUACAAUUACUAUUAUAAACCUCUAAGUUUCUUAAUUUUUUAUAAAAAUAAAAAUACUAAAUUUCGAUAGCUGCACAAAUGUUGAUAAAAAUUUCGCUUUAAGAGCAAGAUUUUGAUUGAUAUGUAUUAGAAAGAAGUGAAAAAAAAAUAAUAAUAAAACGAGAAAGAGAAAGAACUAAACCUGAGAAUUUAAAUUAGAAAACCUUAAGAAUUAAUAAUAGAAUAUUAUCAUCGCUACAUUUAUAUAAAAACAUAUACAAUAUAAGAUUUAUUAACGCCGUUGUAUAAGUAUAUUUUAUUCGAUAUGCUUACAAAUUAGAUAUAUGUAACAUUAUAAUGCUUCUGUGAUGGCUUUACUAAUUUUCAAAUUGUCUAUUGUGGAUAAAUGAAUUGUUUUAUCAAUAAUAUUGUGGUUAAAAUUUCUCAAGGACCAUUUUCUAAAUAAAACGUGUACGUGAUAAAAAGAAGUGUAUUAGAAUAUAAUUUAAGAACACGCUCAGGUAUCACAUUUUUUCAAGAGUUUUAUAAAGACCAAAAAAAAAAAAUAAAUGUCUUUCUCAAUCUCUAAUCACAAUGAUAAUGUUUAAAAGUUACUUAAUGGUGAAGAUAUAUCAUAAUAUGUAAGAAGAAAAUAUAUCUCCAAUUUUAUCCAAUAAGUUGACUUCACAUAAUAUUUCAACAAAAAUAAUGCUUGUUAUCCAAGUCCAAGAACCAAUCUAUAAAAAAGUCCCUAGAGGAUUUAAAAAAAUUAUCAUUUGACUAUACACUGAGUGACCUUUUGAACUGCAGUGAAACUUAGGUAGGUGACAGCAGCUUCGCUAUGAGUUGGAACGCUGCUGAAUUAGUGGGGACACCACCUUUGGUUUGUAGAUGUACAAAUUUUGGACAAACAUGCUCCCAAAAUUGUACUGCAGUAGCCUAAAGGUUUGCUCUAACAGCUUACCAACUGUGCCCGCUAAAAAACUGUUUACAGAAUCCCUAAGGGAUCAUUUAAUAUUCCUCUACAAACAACUAGAAACUCUACAAACAAUUGCCUCAAAGGUACCUCAAAGCUCCCUUAAGGUUACC